CGUAAUCGCUUAAAAUAUUGAGUUUAACAAUAACAUUUUCGUACGGAAUUUAUGACGUACAUUGUCCUACAUCCAAUCGUGUUCGGCAAAGAUUAAAAAAAAUUAAGUGUAACAUUUACCCGGAUCAAUUUCGGUUAUCUAUCUUCGAUUUUAAUACUUAAUUGAUUAAGUUUAUGUAGUUCACGCCCGACGUUAGUAGAGGACGGUAGUUCGUUGCAAAUCGUUUACUACCUACGUAAUAAUUUACCACGUAUUUUAAAAACAUAUUGUUGGUAAAGAUUCAACCAUGGACCGAGAUUCAAAAAAAUUAUUUCAUAAAGUUAUCGUCGACGUAUUAUGCUUAGGUUCAGUUGGAUUUCCAGUAUUGAUGUUUUAUUUGUUUGGUUCUCCAUACCAAAGAGGAUUUUUCUGUAAUGAUGAAUCUAUUCGAUAUCCAUUUAAAGAAUCAACAGUUACAUCAAGUAUAUUAUAUACAGUUGGAUUAGGACUGCCCUCAUUAGUAAUUUUAUUCAUCGAAUAUUCAAUGCGAAACAAUGAACAAUCGCGUUAUUCGUUAUUGGGAACACCUAUCCCUAAUUGGGUGUAUUCCGUGUACAACAAUAUGUUAUGGUUUUUAUUUGGAGCAGCUUGUUCACAACUAACUACAGAUAUUGGUAAAUACACAAUAGGAAGAUUGAGACCUCAUUUUUUAGACAUCUGUAAACCCAAUAUGGACAUCUGUAACUCUGAAAUCAAUAAAACAAAAUACAUUGAAGAUUUUACAUGUAACGGAGAAAGGCCCAGCAAAUUUACUGAUAGUAGAUUAUCAUUUCCUUCUGGACAUUCUUCAUUAUCGUUUUAUUGUAUGGUUUACUUAGCGUUAUAUUUACAAGCCCGAGUUAAGACAACUAAGUAUGGAAUGGCAAGAAGCUUAGCUCAGUUUGUGGUUAUUGUGAUGGCAGUGUUUUGUGCACUAUCACGAGUCAGUGAUUAUAAACACCAUUGGAGUGAUGUAUUGGCUGGAACAAUUUUGGGAAUUACUACUGCUACUAUAACUGCAUUAUACGUAUCAGAAUUAUUUGCGUCAAAAUAUAAAUCCCUUCGAAAACGUAAUUCUUCAGAAGAUGACAUCGAAACUACAAAUAAUUUACAAACAACCGAACUCAAAUAAAUAUGCACUAAUGCUUCAAACUGCAUUUAAACAAUAUGAGUAUUCUUGUGUUUCGUUAAUAUAUUGAUUACAAAGAAUAA